CAGAGACACAGGGAGACAGAGACACAGGGAGACACAGGGAGACAGAGACACAGGGAGACACAGGGAGACAGAGACACAGACAGAUAGAGCCACAGGGAGACAGCGAGCGAGAGGAGCGAUGGAGAAGAAGGUGGCGAGGGAGUUCAGACAGAAGGUGGACUUGCUGAUCGACAACGAGGCCGAGAAGGACUACCUCUACGACAUCCUGCGUCUGUACCACCAGUCUCUGGACGUGUCCACGUUGGUGGGCGACAUGAAAUUGGUGGUCUCCUCUCCGCCUCGUCUGCCGCUCUUUGACUCGGUGCGUCCACUCAUCCCCGCCGCUCAGCAGCUGCAGUACGACCGGCUGGUGCCCAAACACUCCCGCAGUAGGGUGAGAGAGGUGAGGCUGGAGCGGACUCACCCCGAGGGUCUGGGCCUCAGUGUGAGGGGUGGAGCGGAGCUGGGCUGUGGGGUCUACGUGGCACAGGUAGUGCGUGGCGGGCAGGCCCACGCUGCCUCUAUACAGGUGGGUGACGAGGUGGUGCGUGUGAAUGGCUUCUCCGUGGCCUCGUGCACGCACGACGAGGUGCUCAGCCUCAUGCGGGCUCGUCGCAGCGUCGCCCUCAAAGUGCGGCAUGUUGGGAUGAUACCAGUGAAAAACUCUGUUGAGGAUCCGCUGACGUGGCAGUUUGUGGACCAGCUGGUGUCCCAGGACGGGGACGAGGGCAGCAGCCUGGCCGGGCUGCACUCCAACUCUGAGCAGUGGGAUCAGCGAGAGAAGAAAAUCUUCAUCAGCCUCAUGGGCAACCACGGCAUGGGAUGCAGCGUGUCCAGCGGUCCGCCCCACAGCCCGGGCAUCUUCAUCAGCAGCGUGAAGCCAGCAUCCGUGUCGGCCGAGGUGGGACUCGAGGUGGGUGACCAGGUGGUGGAAGUCAAUGGCAUCGACUUCACACACAUUGACCACAGAGAGGCUGUGGCUAUCCUCAAAGCAAGCAGGAGUCUAACUUUGACCAUCCAUUCGGGAGCGGGGGUGGACUUGUUCCAGACAGAGGAGGAGCGCAGGGUGAAGCAGCAGGAGAGGGUGACUCUGAGGGUGACUCUGCUCAAGGAGAAGCAAAUCGCCCUCGAGCAGUCACUCGUCCACAGAAGGAGGCAGGCCGACGUGGACAGGAAGCGCCAGGAGGAGGAGGAGAGUUAUCGCAAGGAGCUACAGAGGAUCACGGAGAUGGAGGAGAGAUACAAACACGACUGGGAAUCUGACUGGAAGACAUCCAAAGAAAAGGCACCACCACCACCACCACAACAACAACCACAACCACCACCACAACCACCAAAGCAAGGGCCUCACUCCAAGUCGCCUGGUAGCAAGGGUACAGUGCUGGGAUGGGUCUAUCGCUAUGAGGGUCACUUCCCCACCCUCAAGAAGAAGUCGAAGGGAACGGCGAGCCGGAGGGCAGCGGCGCCGGACGCCCCGGGGGCGGCCUCCUCCUCCUCCUCCACGGCGGCCGCUGCCGCGGAUGAGGAGGAGGCCCCCGCGGGGGCCGCCGUGGCCUCCGUGGAGCUGAAGAAGAGCCGCAAGGAGGUGGAGUUUGAGGGGCGGCUCCUGCGGGAGCGGGAGGAGGCCGUCAAGAAGGAGAAGCGCCUCAAGAUCAACCGCCUGGCGCAGGAGGUGUCCGAGUCGGAGCGGGAGGAGUGUGGAGCCGUGGGUCACGUGCAGGGCUGGGUGGAGAAGCUGUGCCACACGCGCCUGCAGCAGAUGGCGCCCGCCCACAGCGAGGUGCCACCCACAGAGUCUCCGGAAAUGCUCAAGAGGAUGGUGGUGUACAACAAGAGCUUCACCAAGUCACAAGGCUACCAGAAGUACACAGAGGACUUUGAUCCACUCACGAUGUUCACCAAGGAGGAGAUUGGAGACCGUGAAGUGAGGCUUCUGCACAUCAGGAAGGAGGGCCCUCUGGACCUGGCGGUGGAGGGGGGCGUGGACUCACCACUGGGGGGUAAAGUCGUUGUCUCGUCUGUCUACCAACACGGCGCUGUAGACAGACACGGUGGCGUGGUAAAGGGAGACCAGAUCCUCGCUGUGAACGGACGGAGUCUUAUCGACGUUCCUCUGGCCGAGGCCAGGGACAUCCUGGCUAAAGAGUACAAAGCCAGCGGAGAUUGGAUGGAUCUGGUGCUGGGAGUGGCUCCACCCAAGUCCUAUGAAGAUGAAGUGACGUUCUUCUAACGAGGAGCCAUGGGAGAGAGGAGGGGGGAGAGGGUGGGGAGAGAGGAGGGGAGAGGGUGGGGAGAGGGUGGAGAGGGUGGGGAGAGGGUGGGGGGGGAGGAGGUUCGCGACUCACGGCCUGAUCGCUGGGGGGUCACGUGUUUGUGCUAAUUAUAAUUAGGACCCCUCGUGAUUCGUCAUCACGGUCACGUGAAUAUGCUAAUCAGUAGUAGUAACUCAUCGAUAUGCUAAUUAGUAUGAUCUCAUCAAUAUGAUAAUUAGUAUGAACUCGUCAAUAUGAUAAUUAGUAUGAACUCGUCAAUAUGAUAAUCAGUAGUUAUCGAUAUGUUAAUUAACGUUGUGGGCUACCACACUGACUGACGGUCACGUGAUUAUGCUAAUUAUAUUGAGGACCACGUGAUUGGUUAAUCAGCUGCUGAUGCUGAUUGUGAUGAUACUGAUGAUUGUGAUGAUACUGAUGAUGAUUGUGAUGAUACUGAUGAUUGUGAUGAUACUGAUGAUGAUUGUG